AUGGCCCAACCUCAAAAAGACAAGACUCUUCUACGCCGACUGGUCGAGGCCGCUCUCAAUCGCCACGAGGACGCAUACCCACCCAUGGCCGCACACGCUACCGCCGCAGCGGCUCGGAAAAGUAGCGGUUUCGCAAACAAUAGCGACGUGGAAGGGCAACGAUGGAAUAUCAGGACGAGCCAACCCGAAGCACUCAUUCCAGCCAACGACAAGCUGCUUAUUUUCCGCGCCUUGACUGGUAUCGACAGCGUCCCGGCUCUUACUCAGGGAGGCCAUCUUCUCCGAAGCGCACCCAACGUCGGUAUUUAUACGCGUGUCAUUCGCAAUGAAACCAAAGCCGCGCGGGGAUAUCGUCUCUUCAACUACAUGAUUAAUGUAUGUUUGGGUAUCCAGAUCGUCGUCGCCGCGGCCCUGACGGCCUUGGGUGCAGCAAGUGGUCCACACUCCGCCAUCACAGCAUUCGGCGCCAUCAACACUAUUGUGGCUGGUAUCCUGACCUACCUGCGUGGUUCUGGUCUUCCAGAUCGCCUGAAAGGCUACCAAAACAAGUGGAAGCAUAUCCGCGAAUAUAUUGAACAACGCGAACGUGAAUUCUGCUUGGUGGGUAUUGAUCUCGACGUGCAAGAAGAAGUCUUUAUCGUGGAGAGCAUGUACCAAAGCUUGAAAUCGGAAAUGGAAACGUCGCGGAGUGCUGGUGAUACCCAAACACAGCAGCCAGAUGAUCCGAGGAUCCGUCGGUCUCUUCUUCCUACGCACAAUGAGCUCAGUGGUCAACGGCCUUCGACGACCCCGGCGAAGCGUUCUACGGCGUUGCAUCCGCACGAUGAGGAACCAGUUAGUCCAAUCACUAUUCCUGAGAAGACGUUUGAGCAGAAUUAA